AUGGAGAAGAAAAAUCCAUGCAUAGUGAUGGUUCCUUCCCCUGGUCUGAGCCAUUUGAUUCCACUUGUUGAGUUUGCAAAGAUUCUUACUCAUGACGAUGAUAAGUUGCAUGUUAAGUUGAUGAUUCCAACACUUGGUCCUCCUUCUUCUUCCAUGAACUCCAUCCUCAACAAAAACUCUCUCCCACCAAACAUAACCUUCACUCUUCUUCCCCAAGUCAACGUUGAAGACCUCAUCAUCACUGAUGAGAAUCCUCAACCUGCAACUCAGAUGCAACAAACAGUGAAACAUUCUCUUCCUUUCCUCCAUCAAGAACUAACAUCACUCAUCACUUCCACCAAUCACAACAUCCUUGCAAUUCUCUUCAGCCUCUUCUCAACCGAUGUUCUUGAUCUUGCCAAGGAAUUCAAUCUCUUGUCCUAUGUUUUCUUUGCCUCUGGAGCUUUAUUUCUAUCGUUCUGUCUUCAUCUUCCACACCUUGAUGAUCAACAACAACAUGAACAUGAACAUGAAGAGUCCUUGUUGUUCCACCAGCAGUUAACAGAAAAAACUACUGUUCAUGUUCCAGGUUGUCCUGUGCCAUUUCAGGUCCAUGAUUUUCCACAACCAGCUCUCUCUCAAAGAUCAACCCAAGCCUACAAAUCAUUUCUUGGUGUUUGCAGAAAGUACUCACUGGUUGAUGGUGUUUUAGUCAACACUUUCACAGAUUUAGAAGCUGAUUUAAUAAGAGCCAUAGAAGAUCAAGCCAACAAUAGAGAAAAUACUAAUAGCCCUUUUGUUUACCCUAUUGGACCAAUCAUUCAGAGUGCCACCAGCAAUCAGGUAAACAGGUUAGAGUGUUUAAGAUGGUUGGAUAAUCAACCACCAAGAUCAGUGUUGUAUAUCUCUUUUGGAAGUGGUGGAACAACUUCUCAAGAGCAACUCAAUGAGAUUGCAUUUGGAUUGGAACUGACUGGACACAAGUUCUUGUGGGUUGUGAGAAAUCCUAGCAACUUUGGUGGUUCUGCAUAUCUUAAUCAACAAAAGGACGAUCCUUUACGCUAUUUACCAUCAGGUUUUGUGGAGAGAACCAAAGAACAAGGCCUAGUGGUUCCAUCGUGGGCCCCACAAGUUGAGAUCCUUGGUCAUGGCUCUACAGGUGGGUUCUUGAGUCAUUGUGGUUGGAACUCAACGCUUGAGAGCAUUGUCCAUGGUGUUCCCAUGAUUGCAUGGCCAUUGUUUGCUGAACAGAGAAUGAAUGCAGUGUUGCUCAAAGAGGUGCUUAAAGUGGCACUCAUGCCAGAGAAGGUUGUUGAUAAUGAUGAAGAUGGGAUAGUGAAAAGAGAGGAAAUUGCAAGAGUUAUAAAGAGAAUGAUGGAGGAGAAUGAAGAAGGUUUGGAAAUUAGAAAGAGAAUCAAACACUUGAGUGAUGCUGCUGCUGCUGCACUCACUCAAAAUGGUUCAUCUACUAAGGCAUUCUCUACUCUUACAAAGAAAUGGAAAUGUAGCAUUUGAAUUUUUUUUAAGUGACAAUUUUAAUAAAGUGGAACACAAAUAUUGAGAAUAUA